AUAAUAAUGAAACCCCACUUGUAAACUCAAUGUCACGGGGCGAAAGCAAAUCGAACAAAAAUGUACAAAUGUGAUCGUACGAAUAAAGCGUAAUUUAUAGUUUUGCGUAGAACCUACGAUAUAGCCUGCGCGUCAGUUUUUGUUUAUACUUCUGCGUCGUUGUUUACGUUGACACGCAAUAAUGCAGAUCGCAGAUAUGUCCACAUGUAUGUUACAGUAUUGAGGCGCAAUGAUAUUACGAAGUGCCUGUAAAAUAGUCCCCUACUAUUGAAUGUUACCACGGGGGCUAUUUUCAGGUGCUCCAUGCGUAAUAUCAUUGCGCCUGCUGCAGCCAUGGUACGGCAGCAAAGUCCUUGAUUAUUACACCAGAAUGAGAGUAUAGUUCCUAAACAUAUCGCCCUAGAAAAUCGCAACUUUUUAUUUUCCGUCGGUCUAAGUACAAAAUGCAACUACAGAAGAGUCAAGUUUUAAAUUAGAUAAAUAUCGCAACUCUUUGGUUAUUUUUGAGCGUGAUGCUAAUGGUCUAAUCAAAUUCAAUGGAUUUUGCUAAGCUAUGCUAAAAGUUGUACCACCAGACCUGGAUUCACUGUAAAAAUUAACUUUAGGGGAGCUGGAAAAUUAGCAUUUUUUUUAAAAGAGUGGAGUGUCCCCUUAAUUUCUCCCGCACCUCGUCUUUCAUCUUUACUUUUAUUUCUCUGUUUGUUUUGUUGUUGUGGCUGGAAGGGCAAGCUGCUUGUCUCUUUUUGUCACGUGCAGUGGCGUGUUUACCAUUUUGGGGGCCCUAAGCAAAGUCCAAGGACCCGGGGCCCCCCAUGCCCCAACAUUAAGAAAAAAAUUCUUGGUUUAAAAAUACAAAUAGUGCCCAUUGUCUUAUUCAAAAGAAUAAAGAAUCAUUAUCUGUCAAAAACAUAAAGGUCUUGGUUUUACCGCAGUGGUUUCCAAACUUUUUCCAAAAGGCCUCCCUUUUGUACAGAAAAAUAUUUUUAAGCCUAUCUCAGAUAUAUCCUUUGCUGGCAAAUUCCUUAUAGGAUGUAUUUAAAAUGAUGUAAUUAAUACAGUACUGCAACUUCAGUGUGUGAUCUUAAAAAAAAAAUAAGAAAAAAGCGGAAUGCUUACCACGCAGACUUUUUAUAACUCUGCAAUCAUUAAAUAAAAAAAAUCAUUAAAUAAGUUAACCGCUUGUGGACAGUAGGGGGCCCCCCAAGCCCGUGGGGCCCCAAGCAAUUGCGUGGUUUGCGUGGUGGGUAAACACGCCACUGGUCACGUGAGGCCAAAGGUUUGGGGACAUUACGCAAGUUACGUUGUUAUGUCGCCCUACAUAUUUUAACCUUAUCAAAGAACCUUAUCAAAUAUGAAAAUAUAUAUUCCCAAUUAUUUAAUAUAGGCUGUAGGGAAUUCCCCGCAACAUACUGUACAUGGGUUUUAUCGGAGUUGAUGGUGUAGUGGGCAGCGCUUCGACAUGUGGUGCUUUCGCAUUUUCGGCAACCCAGGUUCAGUUCCCGGUUCGUGGUAAUUUUCCGUUUCCAUACCCCUCUCUCCUUCCUGUACUUUCCUGUCCACUUCUCUGUCACUGUUUAAAUAAAGGUAAAAUGGACAAAAAAUAUAACUUAAAAAAAAACAUUCAUGGGUUUCUCUUUUGUUUUUAAUGACCCGCCCCGCAAAUAAAGUGACAAUUUCUUUACCCUACCCGACCCGCGGGUUAUGAGACAACCCACGUAUCACAAACGCACAGCUUACGGCCUAGCUACGGUGGAUGUCCUACGCAGAAGUAUAAAUUGCCCUUUAAUACAAUUUAGCCACCUCAUGAAUUUGUAUGAAUUACCAUGUGGGGUUCUUUUAUACUAUUUUAACACUUUUGGUUUGUGCGUAGUACACAGUGGCAGGUUUCACUUUAAAAUGAAUACGUACAGUUCUCUUUGUCAGCCCUGAUGAGAAAAAGAGAGAUUUUUUUGCAACAGCUGUUUGCCUUUUAAUCUGCUAGCAUCAGAUCUCGCAGUCUUUGAUAGGCCCCCGAUCUACACGAAUGACUGAACUAAAUCUUUCCUUAAUCUAGAGCCUUAUUAGUUUGUCCUCUUAUGCAUGUAAAUCAGGAUGCAGUCAUUUUCAUAUGGAGAUGGAUUAUUAAAAGCCGUAGAGGGAGAGUGGGUUUUUUUCCACUCACAAUAAACAACAAAGCCCAGCACAGAUUACAGCAGAAGUGGAGGCUGAGAGAGGGCAGGAAGCAGUUUGUAAUUGACAGACUGCUUUGACAGAGGGAGCGUCUUGUGAAUAGAUGGGUUUAUCUAGACUGGGUGAUGUGUCAUUUGCAUAUCUUGAUAACAUUGAUUUCUUCAUUACCCUUAAUGAAAUUUCCACUUAAUGGCUUCUAAUUAGUUUCAACUGGUGCCCAUAUAAUUGCAGCUGUAAUAUUUUGGUCUCUCUUAAUCAGUGGCGCAGAGUUUAAUGCAAUGUGUGACUAUACGGAAACUUGGGUGAAGUUUUAUUGUCUUGUACUUUUUAUGUUGAAUCUAUUUGUGCUGAUCUGCACUCUGAAAAGUUGGAUUGUUUAAACCAAGGGCUUGGUUUAAAUGUGGAAGCGGUUGGGUUUGCCCACAUUUUACCCAACCAUGGAUUGAAUCAAGGCUUUUUUUGUAUAUGUGAUUAAACCUUAGUUUUGAAUGGCUGCCGGUUAUAAUGAUCAUCUCAUGUAAUUGUCAUGGAGCCACGCCAACAGAGAAUUAGCACAGGGUGGUAAUUGAAUAAUGUCCCAUAAGGCCAGAAAUCACAUGGCUUUUUGUUUAUUUUAAGCUGAUUUCAAGCAGGAUUACAGUACACCUUUAUUAGUAAAAUUGGUUAUUAUUAUCAGGCCACUUCAGCAGUACACUGCCCCCAAUCUUUGAUUUUGGCCUCAAACUUCGCCCAAUGGCUAUUAAUUGGCCAGAAAAGUAACACAUCAGCCGCGCUCUCGUGGGAGAUAGAUCGAAUUCGCCUGCGCGUGCGUCGUCUUCUGCAGGCGUAGCCACGCGUCCGCCGUUCUGCUUGUGUCACAUGAAUCACGACGUUUAUUUAUGCAUCAACACAUGGCACUUUGAUAAGAUUGGUGUUAUCUCUGUCACCAUCAACGGCUCACUGCUCAUUUCCAUAAAUUAUCUCCCGGUAAUUCUCAGUCCAGAUGUCCAAAUUGUGCCACAAAUUAUCUGCAAACGAAUCAAAUCCCAAUGUAAUUUAGUAAUAGCUGAUUAGACCUCUAUGUAUUAAAAAAACUGGAUGUAAUUAGAAGAAGCCAUAUUUCGCAGUCUGUUCAAAUGCGUAGCACAGCUAUAUAUGCAACAGUUUAAAUCUCUGUUCAGAACGUGCAUCUGUUUUCGAUUUUGUAGGACAGCUAGGAAAAUGGUAAAAGUGUAGAAAAAUACUUAUUUUUAAUUACCUGGAAUAUAUCUAAUUAUUAUUAUUAUUAUUUAUAAUUAGUUAUUUCAAUAUAUUAUUUGCAAUAAAUCAUUGGGCACCAAUUUAUAAUAGGCUACUAGUCCUCAGCUUCCUGCUCACCAAUGUUACUUCACUAUCAGUUCAAUAUUCUAAUUCUCUAAAUCCGAUAUUGUAAAAGUAUUUAUAUAAAUGUAUUUUCAUUUUAUACUUAGUUUUUUUAUUGUUAUAUUUAUAUACAUCUACAUUUAUUUAUUUAUUUAAGCAAUUUAGUGGCAAAUUGUUUGAUCACGAGAACUGUACAUUUCUUUGCCAUUGAUAUGUGAUCAUGACCACUGUUUAUAGGUUUACGUGCAUACACCAUUAUUCAGUUCGUUCAGAGUUCAGUUCGUGAAAACUGAUUUUUAAAGCCUAAAAAAGACCCACCCCUCUCAAGAAAAACGAAAUCCGGAGCGACUUCAGUUUUAAACCCUCAUAGGGUUUCUGUGGCGGCCAAAAUAUUUAAGUUACAAACGUGCAUGCUUUAAACUCAGUUAACCAAUCUGUUUUAAUUUGACAUUGUUGAUCACAUGUCUUUUUAAGUUAUUAAUAUUAAAAUUAUUAUACAAAUCGCCUGUUUUAUAUAAUGGUAAAUAUGGAUUAUUAAAAACAAAUCGUGCAGCUUUGUUAACUGACAGUAUGACAAAGCAACCUAUUGUUAAUAUUUUCUAUUUUGUUGGGUAUCAUAAUUCUUUCAAUGCCUAUACGAAAGCCUAUAUAGUGCAUUACAUAUUUUGUCAUUGCUGACGACAUCAGGCUUUCAUAUGUCCUAUAGGGUUUCGAAAAAUCUGAGCCACAUCAUAACCUAAGUGCCCAGGUGCCAUUUUUUUCUAUAAUUUCUAUUUGAAGGUCCUUCAAUUGUCCAAUACAUUUUUUUAAAUGUUUUGAUUUCUAAUAAACCCACUAGAAAUAUAUGUGAAAAUGUUUCAGCCUAAAAACACAAAAGGGACAAUUUCAUUGCAUUUACCAUAUUUCAAUUUACCGCUUUCAAAAUUACUGUUAUUGUAGAAAUACAAUUAAAAAAUCGAAUGUAAUUUUGAAUAAGUGCGAAAAUAAUUCAAUUUCUAUUUUCAUUGAAUGUAUGCGCUAAUUUGGGUGAAAUGACUGAUUAACACACCUUAGGGAUCAUUUCAAAUAGAAUCUGAUGUGAAUUCAAUGAUAUAAUGCGUAAUAAACCGGUGGAGCAGCAUCCUUUAUCCUCUGGAAUUCUAAAUCGCGUGCUCUCAGCUGAUUGGCUGGUGAGUUUUGACCCAUGUUGGGAUGGACCUGUUGGAUAAAAGGAGAAUUUCUAGAGGGAUCAUGCGUAUUGCGCCGUGGAUGCCUGUGCACUAGGGACCGACUUGUAUCUGAAGAAGGGAAUAGUCUCAAAGGCACCAUGACGGGAAAGGAUGGGUCUGUGUUGUCGGAAAGUUUGAACAAAUCAAAAUCACCGUGCGCCGUUGAGAACGGUGGAACUAACAAUCAACAUCUAUCAAAGAGUGCCACUCACACGCCCAAAUGCACGGGUUUCGGCAUUCAGGAGAUUUUGGGACUAAAUAAAGAGCCGUCUUCGGCUCCACGGAACACACUGGACUCUUUUCCAGCUGGAACUCACCUGUUAGCCACGAGGUCGAUGCUCGGUCCAGCUGGUCUUGGGGUCGGGAUGGGAUUAAUUGGCCCUGGAGGUAUUCCGUCGUUCUACAGCCAGCCUGCGUUUCUGGAGGUGCUGUCAGACUCGCAAAACGUCCACCUUCAGCCUCUCAACAGGACAGUGGGUCCGCUGGAAGCUAACCAAUCUGCUAGCUCUGAUUCAGAAGACGUCUCUUCAAGUGAACGGAAAGUGUCAAAGUCUUCUCUGAGCCAGAGCAAGAAGCGAAAAAAGAGACGACACAGAACGAUAUUUACAUCUUACCAGCUGGAGGAACUAGAGAAGGCUUUUAACGACGCUCAUUACCCAGAUGUAUACGCCAGAGAAAUGCUGGCCAUGAAAACCGAGCUGCCCGAGGACAGAAUACAGGUCUGGUUCCAAAAUCGGCGAGCCAAGUGGAGAAAACGUGAAAAGUGUUGGGGUCGCAGUAGUGUGAUGGCCGAGUAUGGACUGUACGGUGCUAUGGUGCGUCACUCAAUCCCUCUGCCUGAGUCCAUACUGAAGUCUGCUAAAGAUGGCGUCAUGGAUUCCUGUGCUCCCUGGCUUCUAGUUCAAGAUGGUUUUCCUACCACCAGCUGCUUUUCUAAAUACGAAUGCCCACCAUUCUUUGCAGGGAUGCACAAGAAGUCCUUGGAGACCGCUGCAGUUCCAUCAAAUGAGAAGUCAGAUGUCACUCAGAAAGCGACCAAUGCCAUGACGGAUGAUGGCGAGGCUGAGGAAAGGAGGACGGAGUCACCUAUGUCCAAAGAGGAACUGAGGGAGAACAGCAUUGCUGUUCUCAGGGCAAAAGCACAGGAACACAGUGCCAAAGUGCUGGGAACGGUUUCAUCAGAGAGACUGGAGCACAAGAUGGAGAUAUCGGCGACAGAGAAGUCCAACGAACAGUUAGAUGCGAAAGAAGAAGAUAAAAAUUCGUAGGUUAUCCAGAGUAAUUCUUCAUUCAUACCUCUGUAUUGCCAUAUUACAUAGUCUUGGAGUCAAUAUACCUGGAUUCAUAUAUUUUUUUUCCUAACAGUUCUUCUACGUUUGGUUUUACUUAAGCAAGGUCAAAAUUAUUAAAACAUGGUGUUUUUCAAAAUUAUAAUAACAUCACAUUUCUCUUAAAGAUACAGAACAUUCCAGCCAUACAAGCAUUUCAUAAUGAUGGAGCAUGCUUGUGCCCUUAUGUCAUGAUGGAAGGUUGCAAUGUCCAGGGCAAAUGUUUGCGUGUUUAUGUUAACUCUAUACUGAUCCAAUUUCAGUAUUAAUUUUCAGUAAUUAUUAGAAAAGAAUUGUUCGAGAACUCCCAAUGAGCUUUUAAUAACAGAAUUCAGAAUUCAUUGUUGAUUUUGUACAGUGUCCUAAAACUCAAGUGUUUUAAAGUUGUAAUAGAGUGUUUUGCUGUAUAUAUUGUAAAUGAAGAUAGCUCGCUACAGUAUUGUUUGAACUAUACAUGAAUGUACUGUAGUCUUAUUAUGUGCUUUUUUUCGUAAUAUGUAAAAUGCCAUACAAAUUAUUAAAAAAGUAUGAGAAAUGCUGUGA